AUUCGAAGAAGAUACACCGCCGAUGAUUCUGCGCGCCGCGGUGCUGGUGGGCAGCCUCGUGUGGCUGGCCGAGGCAUGGAUUCCAAAGAUAUACUUGGCUGCUAACCAGGAUCAGCUCGACUCUCGCCAUUUCGACCCGGAUGACCUUCCGCCUCAAGUCCCGCGACUAGACGAGAUCGUCAAGGCAGCCUUUGCUGUACUCAAAGCCAACUUUGACGACCAGAUGAACGCGACAGCGCCUGGCCCCCAAGAAGACAUUGGGUUUCAGCAUAUUAACUCGCGAGAUGCGUUGUUGGCUGCCCAAGCACUGGCUCAUCACGAUUUUACUCACGCCACGGUGCAGUUCAAAUCGUUGUUAAGCCAUCAAUGGUCGAACGGAUUCAUGCCCGAUCUCAUCUACGGGCCGUCUGUUGGCGCGUCGUUGUCGUGGUUGCCAACGAACAAGACGUUCUACCCCGGUCCAGCGUUUUGGUCGGUGGCACGACCCUCGGACUCUCGGACCAACUCGAGCACGUCGGGCAUACUGGCCCCACCGAUGCAUGCCGAAACCGCGAUGCGAAUCUUUUACUUGGCACCGCUCGACACGUCCAUGAGUACACCGGUUUACACCCACGAAGCGAUGGGGUUUCUGUGCGAUGUGUUUCCAUCUCUGUACAAGUUCCAUGCGUAUUUGCUGGCUUCUCGGCAAGCGACCAACACGUCGCUGCUAUCGUUGCGGCAUCCAUGGGAGAGCAUGGCUGCGAUCAAUCCCGGGUUGAAGGAGGCGCUGGCACCAGUCAAAAAUGCCGCGGACUUCGCGCAAGUAAUUAGCCGCCUACAGGUGCCCAAAGUGACGGCUCAAGCCUUUGCGGACCAAGCAGCCGUCUUUUAUCCAGGCGCUUCCAGCGAUGAAAUUGUCCAAGACAUUUAUCAUCCCAUUUUGUACCUCGCCACGUGCUUUGUCGACCAGCGCUACAAUGAGUCUGCCAUGAAAUCCAAAUGUGCAGCAGCAUUCAACGCAAUCGAUGUUGAAUUCAACACGGUCUUCUUACGGUCGGCCGAAGCCUUGGUCGAUAUGGCCAAACUGUUGUAUCAACCUGUCACCAAGCUCGGGUUCUCGUGUCCCAUGGGGCUGCCCAACAAAGCGCAAGUGGAGAAGCUCGCAGCAGUGGUGAAGACCUUGACGCGAACGCUGCGGCGAGAGCUCUGGGAUCCAAAGAACCUGAUCUUUCGAACGAGCCACAACUACGUUACGGGCAUGUUUCCACUGUUCGCCACGGCUUUGGACGAAACGAUUCAAAUGGGUCUCAUCCAGCACGUGCUGCCCACUUCGACCACGUUUCAUUAUUUGUGUGACGAGUUUCCGGUGUCCAUGUAUCCAUGCGAAGCCAUCGCGCCGACCGAACGAGCGACGGCUGCAAGCGACGUGCGCUCGGCAACAACAACUUCCCGCGUUGGUCUGAUGGUUCACAACUACAUGUUGUAUCGUGGUCUGCUGAAGAAUUCGAUGCACGGCAUCGCACGUUACCUCUUGCAUCGGACGUUUGCGCUGAUCUCUGCGUCCCAGUUCCAAUUCAUGCCGGUGUUUGACGCAACCACAGGGCACCCCCCAGCCACAACGUCAACGUCGGCGUCGACGAUGGCCGCCGCGGUCGUGGUCAACCUAGGCCUCGCGGACGUGACAAACCCGCCGUCCCCAGACACCCCUCCCAUCGAUCGCCAGGCGAUGCUCAUUGUCAUGUGUAUCGAGUUGGUAGUUGCCAUGGGUGUCGCGGUGAGUUGCGUCGUUUUUUCCGUCUACUUUGUCGUGAAGCGGCCACGCGGCGACGCAGCGGUAACGUCGCAGCGACCGUCUGUAUCUGCCUUGAAUCCCGAACCCUCUACGACCGGACCCACAGGGUCCCCCGACAAACGCCACUUGGAGGAAUCUCUCCUUUCCGACGACGACGAUCACGAUGAGUACGGAUCGUUUCUGUCGUCUCCAGCUAUGAAACCCGCCGUGGGAAUGUGGUCGUCCGUGAAGGGAUUCGUCUCGAGCAUUAGUCCGUGGGGCUAACGAGCAUCAAAAUACCCUGCAGUGUCUUGGACAACAUGGAUUCCAUUGGCAUGGCUUAGGCAUGGUACAUGUGGCCCUGGCGCUUCCGCACGGCGUCUUUGCGAGCCUUCCACCCGCUAAAUUUGGAAAUGGUCAGCUUGCCGUCCAGAAUGCUGUCCAA